ACUACAUGGUUUGUAGGGUUGAUUAUAUGAGAAGACAUCGAUGAACAACCUAUCUCUAUGUUCAAUACAAAAAGAACACAUGAAAAGGCUCAGACACCGCUGCCUAUAGUACUGGGAGAUGCAUUACUUGUGCAUCCAUUGUCCUGGCUACGGCUGAUAAUUCGAUUUUUUAUAGGUACACGAGUGCCGGUGUGUUGCGGGACACUUGACGCGUCAAGUGCGUCAGUACGCGUUGAUGACGCGUUUUCAAUAGAAAGGCUUUGGGAGGGCGGAUUUUUUGGAAAAGGAAGCUUAAGCAGAAGCACACUUAGCUGGAAAACACGUAUGAAACGAUUACUAGGGCUUAUUGGGCCAAAUGAAGGUAUCACAAGUGAAGAACGUACAUUUCAACGACGGGUUGCUCGACGUGCUUUUAAACGACGUAGAGCAGAGAUGGAGAAAAAAUUAGGGCUAGGUCUUAAUAAAGCAAAUGAUGAAGAAAGUCAAGAAUUAGAAAUAAAUACAGAAAUUAAAGAAGUUUUAGAAGAAGAAGAAGAUAUAGAAGAGGUUUAUGGAGGAAGUGUAACGGAACUUGGAGUAGAAGAACAAUUAGAGAUAUUUUCAAGUCUUGAACAUAUGCAACUUCAUCUUGAAGAAGCUUUUUUUCUGAGUUAUGGACUUGGGGUGUUAAAAAUUGAUAUUUCUAAGGAGAUGGGAGUGAAAACGUCAAUGGAUUUAUUAUUGUUAUUUUGUUCAUUAUCAUCGGGACUGAAUAUGCAAGUUGAGUCACGGAUUAAGCAGCCAGUUCAUGCAGAUAAUCGGUUUCUGGUAUCAUAUGUUGCAUAUCAUCAUUAUCGGUCAUUAGGAUGGGUUGUUAGGCCAGGAGUUAAAUUCGCAGUUGAUUGGUUGUUAUACAAACAAGGACCAAUAUUUUCACAUUCGGAAUUCACAAUUGUGGUACUUCCGUCUUACUCAGAUGAAGUAAGGAAAGAAAAAGAGUUAUCAUGGUAUUGGCUGCACUGUAUAAAUAGAGUUGUUUCUCAGGUUAAAAAAACAGUUGUGUUGUGUUAUGUUGAAAUCCCUCCCAAGGCAGUUUUUGAAGAAGCAGUUAAAACAAAUAGAGUUGAUGAAGUUUUGAAAAAAUACAGAAUUCAGGAAAUCGGAGUGAAACGCUGGUUGCCAUCUCGGAAUAGAGCUUAAAGUGUUUAUUUACAGUCUGAUUGUUCUUAAGAGAAUAAAUCCUGAAACAUGCUAUUUUAUUGCA